AUGGCCGAAGCUUUAGUAGUUAUUGCCGCCGAGGGGAUACUGAAAAAGGUGUUGACUAUCGCUGUCGGUGAAAUCGCCAUUGCUUGGGGUUAUGAAGAAAAGCUUACUGGCCUCCACAGAACAUUGGAGAUGGUUCGUGCCAAGUUGCUCGAUGCGGAGGGAAAAAAGGAUACACAGGCGGCUGUGAUGGUGUGGCUGAAGCAGCUAAAAGAUGUUGUGGGUGAAGCUGAUGAUGUGUUGGAUGAGAUUGAUUACCAAAUGUUGAGGCGUAAGAUAAAGAAACGAGAGCAGGGUGAAAGAAUGGUAUCAUCUCUUCCAGUCUUGAAAAAGUUUUCAAUUCAUAAUGAAAUAGGUCAUAAAAUCGAAAAUAUCAAUAAAUCGUUGCUUGAGAUCUAUACACAAGCCAACAGUUUAGGACUACAAAACGAGCACCCUGUUGAGCCUGUUCCAGAUCGCCUCUAUCGGGAGACUGUUCCACAUCGAGAAGAAUUUAAAAUUGUAGGGAGGGAUGAUGAUAAACUACGUAUCAUAGAGCUUUUAACGGUAUCAAGAACGGAAGAAAAAUUUACGGUUGUUCCCAUUGUGGGAAUGGGCGGUAUUGGGAAGACAGCUUUGGCUAAGUUGGUUUACAAUGAUAAAAAGAGCAAGGAUUAUUUUCAUGUGAGAGCAUGGUUGUGUGUGUCGGUUAAGGUUGACAUCAUCACUCUUCUUGCAAAGAUCUAUGAAUCUCUUGCUGGAAAGAAACCAGAGUCAGAAUCUAAGGUUAAUUUAAUUAAAAGUCUUGAAGAGAAGUUGAGAGGAAAAAAAUAUUUGCUCGUCUUGGAUGACGUUUGGGUUGAAGAGAGGCCAUACUGGGAAGAGUUUAGGACUUGUAUGUUAAAUGUAAACUCACAAAAUGGAAGUGGCAUUCUUGUCACUACACGGAAACUUGAAAUCGGAACUCACGAUAUGAUCAGGGAUUCGUGUCGUCUAGAAAGGCUUUCCAAUGAUGAGUGUUGGUCAAUCUUUAGAGAAAGAGCAUUUCUGGCAGAAGAAUCGCCUUCGGCGGAAUUGGAGGCGAUAGGUCGUGAGAUUUUGAAAAAGUGUAGUGGUUUACCGUUGGUACUAAAUGUAUUAGGUGGCAUGUUGGCAAAUUGCAGUGAUCCAGAGAAAUGGUUGUCCAUCAAAAACAGCAAGGUUUGGGAUUUAGAAGAAGGAAUGGGUAAAGUUCAAAAGAGUUUAGAACUGAGCUUUGAUAAUCUUCCUAAUUCUAUUAUCAAGCAAUGCUUUGUAUAUUGUUCCAUCUUUAAGAAAGAUACGAUCAUGGAAAAGGGAGAACUAGUUCGACUUUGGAUGGCUUUAGGGUUGGUUCAAGCUGAUGAGGCAAAAAACAAGGAGAUGGAGGAUGUGGGAAAUGAUAUUUUUCAAAUAUUGGUUAACAAUUCGUUGUUCCAGUUAGAUGUUAAAAAGGAUGGGUAUAGUCACAUCACUCAUUGUAGUAUGCAUGAUCUGGUGCAUGAUCUUUUGUUAUCACUUUCGACACAAGAAAUCUUAGUUCUGACGGGUGUGAAGAAUAAUGAUAUCACUCGUAUUCCUCAGGUUAAGCAUCUCGUUUUUUACCAAUUGUUUGAGGAAUCAGAAGGCAAGAUUUCUAAGCUCAUUGAAAGGGAUACAGUGGCUAGAAGAUUGCGUACAUUGUUCAUCGAGGGUGAAGUUGAGAAGAAAUUUUCAUUUCAACGAUUCAACUGCAUGCGAAUCCUAAAACUCAAAGGAUAUCAUAUACAUAAGUUACACGAUUCAAUUGGAGAGUUGGUGCAUCUCAGGCAUCUUGAUUUGUCAUAUACGGAGAUCUAUGUUCUUCCGGAAUCUAUUGGUAAAUUAUACCACUUGCAAACUCUAAAGUUGCCUUUUGGAUUCGAGCAGUUCCCAGAAUCCAUGAGAAAUUUGAUAAGCCUGCGAUAUUUCCAGGGUCACAUGGAGAUUCCCGCCAAUAUUGUAGGACACCUGACCUCUCUUCGAAAUUUGUCUUCCUUCACAGUGCUUAGUAGUAUGGGACAUGGUAUUGAAGUGCUACGUCAUCUAAAUAACCUUAGCGGAUAUCUCUGCAUUUCCGCUCUAGAAAAUGUUAGCAGGAAAGAGGAUGCUGUCAAGGCAGAUUUAGCUAGCAAGAAAAAGUUAUCCAAUAUUGGAUUCGAAUGGAGUGGGCACAAUAAAGGUGCCAACAGAAACAACAAGGAUGUAUUGGAAGGCUUGCAACCCCCUGGAGAUCUGAAAACAUUGACAAUUAAAAGAUUUUCUGGUGAUAAUUUUCCGGAAUGGGUAAUGAAGAUGGCAAUCAAUAUCGAAGGGAAAUGGACACCCCUUAACAACCUCAUGUCAAUCACAUUAUCUGACUGUCGUAGCUGCCUCUCUCUUCCGACACUUGAGCACCUACCACAUCUGCGGGAUCUUGUGUUGGAGCAUAUGGACAGCUUGACAUGCUUAAGGAGUUCUGAUGUUACUGGAUCAACGAAGCCUUUGUCUCUAUCGUUGAGAUCUCUAAAAGUAUGGAAUAUGAAAAGACUGGAAUGGUGGAUAGCUGGAGCACCCAACAGCUCAAAAAUGAUAUCGCAUGUCCUUGAGAAGUUGGUGAUUGGUUAUUGCCCAAAGAUUAUUCUCUUAGAUGAAUUCCAUCCCCACUCUCUUGUUUCCUUAGAGAUAUCGAACUGCAAUGGUCUAGUGUUCAUUAAGAGCAUACAAGGCCUAACAUCUCUUGAAUCUUUAUCUAUCAAUCGUUGCCAUAGUCUUUUAGGAAUAGCCAAUUUUUCUGGUGAUAAUUACCUGCCAUCUGCAAUUGAUAUUGAAAGGAAAUGGACUCCCCUUGACAAGCUGGUGGAGAUCAAAUUAUCUUUCUGUAGGAGCUGCCGCUUUCUUCCAAUGCUUGAGCUGCUACCACAUCUUCGGGAUCUUGUGUUGGAGCAUAUGGACAACUUGACAUGCUUAAGGAGUUCUGAUGUUACUGGAUCAACGAAGCCUUUGUCUCUAUCGUUGAGAUCUCUAAAACUAUGGAAUAUGGAAAGACUGGAAAAGUGGGUAGAUGGAGCACCCAACAACUCAAAAUGA